GUCAUACUGAACCGAAAGGAAAAUAAAAGAUAGCGUCUUGUCUUAUCAAAUCACUGUUUUGCUUUCUGCGGGCGAACUUGCAACUGCUGCAGGAUGCCCGAUUCCGUGGAGGACACCUCCACAAUCUCGCUGCGGAUAUGCCUGGAAGGACACGCGAACGCCCUGGCCCUGAAUAAGGACAACAACCAGAUUGCUUUGGCCGGAAGAAGCUUGCUUAAGGUGUACUCCAUAAACAGCAAUGGCUUCACGGAAUCGUGUAAUAUGCGCGGAAAGAACCAGAAUCUUAGCUACUCCGCCAACGAUGUGGCCUGGUCCACCUUGGAUAGCAAUCUUUUGGCUACGGCGGCCACGAACGGAGUGGUUUCCGUGUGGGAUCUCUCCAAGUUCGGCAGGCAGAAGCAGCUGCUUGUCUACAACGAACAUGAGCGCACCGCUCAUACCGUGACCUUUCACAGCAGCGAGCCCAACAUCCUGAUCUCCGGUUCUCAGGAUGGCACCAUCAAGUGUUUCGACAUCCGAUCGGAUAAGUCAAUCAACACCUACUUCUGCAACUCGGAAUCAGUGCGGGAUGUCAAGUUCAGUCCACACACACAAAACAUAUUCUCCGCCGUCUCCGAGAAUGGAACUGUCCAGUUGUGGGACAUGCGGAAGUGGGACAAGUGCAUGGUGCAGUUUACGGCGCACUACGGGCCAGUCUACACAUGCGACUGGCAUCCCACAAGGAAUUGGCUGGCCACCGGAAGUCGGGACAAGCAGAUCAAGGUGUGGAACAUGGAUGGCAGGCCGGGAUUGGAGCACACCAUUCACACAAUCGCCGUAGUGGGACGGGUUAAGUGGCGACCAGAAAGAACUUAUCACAUCGCUAGUUGUGCCCUUGUGGUGGACUACAGCGUUCAUGUGUGGGACAUCCGCAGACCCUACAUCCCCUUUGCCUCCUUCAACGAGCACACCAAUGUGACUACUGGAAUUGCGUGGCAGGGCAGCGACUCGCACUGUCUUCUGUCCAUCAGCAAGGACUCCACCAUUUACAAACAUGCUUUUAAGGAUGCCACGAGGCCAGCGCUGAAGGCAAAUGCCCAGGGAGCUAGCCUGGGCAGAUUUGGGGACAUCUCCUUUGCCAACAAGAUCAAGGAGUAUGAACCCAAGACCAGCGGUGCAUCCAAUACCAAGUCUUCUAGCUUCAUAAGUCGCCGUAAGACGAAUGUGGCUGGCAGCAUUCAGUUCCAUUUGGACCAUUCCAAAAUGUACAAAUUCAUGGUAAACGACACGUUUUCCGGCUAUCCCCUAAGCGAAUCUGUUUCAAGACCCACCCAAGAACACGAAAGUUUUAUUGGCUGUGCCAGGGAACUUGUUAUCAGUGGGAAAAAACUAUCGGAGUUAUGCGAGCACAAUGCAGAGGUUUCCAAGAAAUACGGCAAACAUAAUGCCACCACAUUGUGGAACUUUAUCAAAUUGUUCUACGGCAGCAAUCACUUUGAGCCUCCCUUCGAGCACCGCUCCUCCUUCUCGAAUCAAAAGAAUCCAAUGAACUCACGACGUGCCACGCAAGUAGCCAGCGAUUGGCCACAGCAGCGAACUGAACUAGGCCAGGAUCUCAAUGGAAACACGCCGGAAACAGCCCACGAAAUUGAUGUGGCGAAUGUGGACGAUGAUACGCUCGGCAGCAGUGGUGUGGAGCAUCCGCCUACGAGCUCAGUGAUUCUGUCCGAAACGCAAAUCAUCAGCGAGAUUACCUUUGACAACUUUGAGCUCUUGCGCAAUGGGUUUAUCUACGUGGGUCCCACAGAAUGCCCGAAAGCUUUGGCCUUCCCCGCCCUUCAUCACGAUGUGCAGGCUGCACGACCACAACUGGAUCUCAAGGCGUCCGAUCACGAAAAGUCACCUCCACCGCAUGUUCCCACUGUCCUAAAAGUCAGCCAUGUCCCGCCCAUACCCAUGUGGGAACCGCAUAAGUUCGUCUCCGAUGCCCUCAUGCUAAUGAACGAUGUGGGCGAUGUGCAAACAGCUCUGACAGUCCUUAUAGCGCUGGGAGAAGCUCGGAAGCUCCUGCCCAUUGACGAUGCAUUGGUGGAGCACUGGUUUUACACCUACGUGGACCAGCUGCAUCGCUAUGAGCUGUGGAACGAGGCCUGCGAGGUUAUCAACCGCUCCUGGCUGAGAUCGGUGCAGCAGCUCAACCAGCACUCGACCGCCAUGCACACGAACUGUGGAGAGUGUGGACGUCCAAUGGGCGGCAAGGUGGGAUGGUACUGCGACAAGUGCAAGUCCAUGCAGUCCGCCAAGUGCUGCGUCUGCGGUCUGAUCGUCCGGGGAGUCUACGCCUGGUGCCAAGGAUGCUCCCACGGCGGUCACAUAGAGCACCUGCAGAAGUACUUUGCCAAACACUCCAAGUGCCCCAAGUGCGGACACCUUUGCGCGUACUCAUGAGACGCGGAGGAGGCUGGGUUUGCCCAGCUUUUGCCCCCCAUUUGAGAGCCUUGUAAAUAGAGAAGACUUAAGCCCAAUAAGUACCUUGCACUAGACACUAAACAGAUUUUUAUAUAAAUGUAGCUCGAAGAUGUAAACUUGUAAAAUAAGCUCAACGUUUGUGAAGUAAAUUAACAGACAGGUUUAAUCGAUCUUCUGCAACUUUAAAUAGCACAAAUGUUUGUUACUUAACUUUUUUUGAAAUAUUGGAAAAUAAAACUGUUGUCUGUUGAUGC